AAUGUGUGAGGUGACCUCAUCUUUCAAAGUAUUUGCAGGGAAGUGAACAUCAUGCCUGAAGACUGUGGCACAUCUUUGAGGAAGUGUGGGAAAUAGAUACUUCUCAAGCCAAACCUGGUCGGGGAAGCACCAUGGCCUGUGCCAAAAUUGACAUGGACAUCCAUGAAGCAGACGUGGCGCCACACAGAGCCGGUUUGGCAGAGCCGCCAUUAGUGCGAUGUUACCAGGCUACAGAGCUUGUGCCAGACAACAAAGGGCCGCUGCAUGACCUGCUUCAGAAACAACCUGCUGUGUUGGGGUCACUGCAGAUAAUGAGCGGUCUCCUCAGUGUUGGACUGGGAAUUCUUUUUGCAGCAACUCAGGGGAUGGAAGAGUCCCUUUUCACUCUGUUCAGAGUUUCCCCCUUAACUGGAACACUCUUUAUCAUGGCUGGAGUUGUUUCCAACCUGUUGUUCAAAUAUCCAGUAUUACUAACUGUGUCCCUAAUGGUAAACUGUGGCUGUAUUAUUGUAGCUGUAGUUUCAGCAUGUCUGAUAAUUGUUGACCUGGUUCACUGGAGUUUAGAAAAUGAUCAGCAUUUGAGGAUGGAAGUGCUGGAACUUUCUGUAUUGGGGCUCGAGGUAUUUCUCUCUGCAAUCCUCUGCUUCUGGUUCACUAAAGAGAAACGUGCCAAAGCCCCAUAAUCAAGCUGAUGAGUAAUUUGAGAAGAAAUAAAUUAAAAAUAACUUUCUAUAAAGAGGACCAGGGGGCUGUAAAUAAGUGCUCAAAAGAAGUCAGGGGACUGCAUUAGUAGACCUUUUGUUUGUUUUUUUGUAUAUCAAGUGUGGCUUUCUGUUCUGUCUCGAUUGCCUGUCAGAACUGAAACCCCUGCUUAACAGCCCUGGGCAGUGGUCUGCGUCUGAUCUUUAUCUCGGACUGAGAACACAAGAAUUGUGGUAAAUAAAUGUCAGCUUCUCUCAUGUGACAGAAAAACCACUCUACAUCCUCCUCAAGCUCUGCGUCUCUUUGUGUAACGGUAGUAGUGCCCCCAUAGUGCUGCUCUGCGCUGUUGGUGUAUCUGCAAGUCUCUGGGUGUGUGGUUUGACACUUGUGCUUUGGUAUCAGUGGAAAUAUCUGCAACGUUUUCAGCAGCACUCACACUUCCAGCUGGUUUCACAUACAGAAAGCUUUACUGAGCUAGGAAGGAUUUGUAUGUUAUGGGCGUUUGCCACAGGUGAAAAAUACUACUCCUUUCAGACUUUAUUUUGGCAAAGAAGCAAAUACAACAUGUUUUAAACAUUUUAAUCAUCUGUACAAACAUGUCACAACAGAUAACAAAAGAAAACAAAAGACAUAUGACAGUACAAGUUGUCUGGAUUGAUCUUCUUGCUAUUUUUUUGUUUCUUUUGUAAAACACAUAUAAAAACUCAUCUACAAUAUAAACAUUGAUUCAUACCUAGUUCAUUAAAACAAAUGUACAGAUCACUGACAUACCAUCAUGGCAGUGUGUAUUAUGUGUUCAUUUCCAAUUUACAGUAUUAUAAUGACCUGUGUGGUUGAGCUUUAUCCAUUAAAAGUCUUAGUGCUGUGAAGAUUGACUCCUCUUAUUUUCAUCUUGUCCUGAUUUACAAGCUGCUGUUGCAACAAGUAGCAUUCAGCUUGAGGACUUCACAGCUAUGAAGAAAGAAGGAAAACACAAGAAAGGAGAUUUAGAAAACAUAUUUUCUACACAUUAUGCACUUAAAUUAUUUUACUUGAGUCAGCAUGCAAUAUAAAGAAUGUCAGUCAAAUAAAGGGCCCAUUUUAACACAUUUAAGGUGUAAAAUGGCAUUAUACAACACAUUUUAAAGAUUAUAGAUUUUGUCAAACCAAUCAAUUGGUUACCCUAAAGUUGUAAAACUUCCAGUAAUGACUGGGCAUCAAUGUUGCUUACAAGAUCAAGGGGGCAAUCAGAUUAGGUAUGGAAGAUGUAGCAAGUAAUACAGACAUGUCUGAUUUAUGUUUUUUAACUUUCUUAACCCAGUGGUUUUCCAACUUAUAUCCAGGUGUUUUUAUUUUAAAUGUUUUACAAAGAAAAGGGGUAUACAACAUGUAUUUUUAGUGCUGAAGCGGUUGUUAUUGUUAAAAUAUGUACAUACAUAAAGUCUUUUAUACUUAUUUAAAAUAUUUUAGUCCAUAACAAUGCUAUAACUUUAUUGUUGCUGGUUAAAAUGUUUAAAAAAAAAAGUAAAAAGUAAGACCGAAGAUUUAAGAGAAGUACAUUUAAUGCAUUAAAUGUCAAAAACCUACUUUAAACUUUAUCAAAACAUUUAAAGGAGCAAACAGUUGUUUCUUUACUCUAUUUGUAUUUUUUGUAUUUAAGACUUUUGAGGUCCUACUGGUUAAAAGUUGACCAUGAUUUUUAAAACACUAUAUAUACAUGGGAAAUAAUA